AUGUUCGCCUCUCCGAACCCGAUGGGACACUUCUCGACCCCCCAAAUGAAGAUGGCGGGGAUGACGCUCCAGGCGGUCCAGAUGGAAUUGGAGCGGGUCAAGAUGAUGGGGUGUAUGGUGGAGCAGCAUUUGGAAUGCUUGAACAAACUGCUCGAACCACUGGCGAUACUGCAAGGGGUCAUGGGACUCCGUACUUGGUUGCAGGAAGUACAGUGCUUGUUGACAAUGUUGAAGCAACGAUCGUUUCAGGGCAUGCCAUUAAUGCCUCGAGAACGACAAGUCUUGGCUUGGUACUCUGCUCGAUGGCGGGAACUACGGGGAGGACCAUGCGAUAUGAGUCGGCCAGAAGCCCAAAUUGUGAGUUGUGCCGUGAACCUCUUCUGCUGCUCGUAG